AUGGCACAGCAGGAGAACCAGAUUCACAUAGGGACGAAGCGAGGAGACACCACCAUCAACGUCCAAAAGCUGCUAGACAGGCCAUGGUACAAGUACAAACACCUGAGGAGAUUAUAUGGAUGGCUCUGUGUGGUUCUAAUCGUGCAAGCCACGAAUGGCCUUGACGGCUCGAUCAUGAAUGGCAUGCAAACCUUGACAUAUUGGCAAUCCUACUUUCAUCAUCCGACAGGUGCUCAACUCGGCAUCUUCAAUGGCACACAGGGGCUCGGCGGCGUCAUAUCACAGUUCUUCUUGUGGUGGCUUGUCGAGAAGGUCGGCCGCAGGCUGAUCAUCAUCGCGGGCGCGGUCAUCAUCAUCAUCGGCGUCUUCCUGCAGUCCUUCGCCCAGGGAAUAGCCAUGUUUGCAGUUUCUCGUUGCAUUAUUGGCCUGGGACUGAGCUUCGAAUAUACGGCUGCUCCAAUGCUUGUCUCCGAGCUGGCACACCCUACUCAUCGAGCCCAGCUAUCAACGCUCCUCAACACUUUGUACUACUUCGGCGCCACCCUUGCAGCGUGGAUCACUCUCGGAACGCUCUCGAUCAAAAGCGACUGGAGUUGGCGUAGCGUGUCGCUGAUCCAGAUGUUCCCAUCUCUGAUCUCAGUUUCGCUCACGUGGUUUGUCCCAGAAUCACCCAGAUGGCUCUGCUCCAAAGGUCGAAAUGAAGAAGCGUUCAAGACGCUGGUCGACUGGCACUGCGGCGGCAACGAAGCCGACCCCCUUGCGACCUUCGAAUACAACGAGAUCGUUCAGACCCUCGCCUACGAGAAGGAGCACGGCAGCAGGAGUUGGCUCGACCUUGUCCGUACCCCUGGUAAUCGUCAUCGCACAUGGAUUGUGGUUUCGUGCUCCAUUCUCAGUCAAGCUACUGGUCAGACCAUCAUCGGAUACUAUCUGGUGUUGAUUUUGAGCGGUAUUGGCAUCACCAAUCCACGACACCAAUCGAUCAUCAAUGGUUGCCUUACGAUGUGGAACAUGGGAUGGGCGUUUUGGGGGGCCUACGUGAUCGACAAGUUUGGUCGUCGGCCGAUGCUCUUAACAUCUCUCAGCGGCAUGCUCUUCUGCGGUUUCCUGCCAUGGACAAUCUGCAGUGCGUUGUACGUUUCUGAUGGUGUCAAGAACGCCGGCCCCGCCGUGAUUGCGUUCAUCUUCAUCUUCAACGCAUUUUACGCCACAACAUGGAACGGAAUUCUGACGGGAUAUACGGUCGAAGUCAUGAGCUACGACAUCCGCCCGAAACUGAUCUGCACGCAGAACUUGCUCGUGCAAGCGACCAUCACGGGAUUCAACUACCUGGCAAGUCUCUUCCCUUGUCGACGAAUGAACCCCGUCGCGCUCAAGAAUAUCGGCUGGAAAUACUACCUGAUCAUCAACAUUAUCAUCAUCAUCGCCAUCGUGGUCGUCUACUUCACGUAUCCGGAAACCAGCAAAAUCACACUCGAGGAAGUGUCGGUCAUCUUUGACGGCAAGCAUGCUGUCAAGAACGAUAUCCUGCAAAAGAUGGAGACCAAUAUUGGCGAGGAGGAUGCUGCGGGCGCCGAGGACAGAAAGGGGGCAGUGGAGAUCAUUGAAAGAGAGCACGUUGAGGAAGUCAAGUAG